GUAAUAUUAAAAUCCCCAGCCGUUGUUCGUAAAUCACUAGCUUCGCCUUGCCAAAUCAGGUAGCCGCUUUCAACAACAUGAAUGCAUUCUUCAUCUCAAUCCCUGCCAAUCAAACAGGCCGCUUCCGUCGUUGCGCCAUCCCCCAUCCAUCCUGCUCCCGCCCACCCCAGCGCCGGAUUCCCGCUGACGCGCGCUGAAUACGGGAUUCUACAGGCCCUCGUCGCUCCCGAUGGGGCCCCUCUUGGCGCCUGUAGGCUGUGCCAGUUGAGCUGCAGCAGCGACGAAUGCACCACUAAUCAGGCCUGGAUCCCUCCUGCUGGGCGUCGCGCACGCUGCAUUCCAGACCAUUUUCCCCAAAGUCCACCCAUCCAUUCUCUCUUUUUUUUUUUUGUUCAUUCUCCCUCGUCAGCUCUCACGAUCUCGCCUUUCUUGCUUCGAAUCCCGCCAACUUCGCGUCCAUCGCUCGGCUGCCCUUUUCGCGUUCGGUCGCAUUUCCUCUCGCUACGUUUUUCGACUUCUUGUUUUAUUUGCUUGUCUCGGCUCCUCGUGCCAUUUCCCGGCCCUCCCGAUACUACGUCUGCGCAAAGACCUCUUCUAGCCAGACUACGCACUCGCUCUCGCUUUAGUCAGCUCUCUCAGGCGACUCUCCCCCGAUCAAAGACGACAACGACUGCAGAAAAGAAACAUACGAAAAAUACGAAGAUACAAGGCGAAGAUCACGAAUCGCUCGGCGUUUUUGCGCAUUACAAACGGCUAUUUUUGACAGCUGUCGCCUUGCGCACAUCCACGGAACUUGCAACAUCGGCCGUGACCGAGUGACCCACGGGUGUUUGGUCAAGCGCCCUGCCUGAAACAACAAAAAAAAAAAAUCAAUAGCAUCCAUCUUUCUCUCGCUUCUUCCAUUUCUUCUGAAUUGGC